CGGCCAGAUGGCCAUGGCAGGAGCAGGAGGCGGCGGCUGCCCCGCGAGCGGCAAUGACUUGCAGUGGUGUUUCUCGCAGGUCAAGGGGGCCAUUGACGAGGACGUGGCGGAGAAUAAAAGCCACCCUCAUUCUAGGGGAGAAUAUAAUGUUUACAGUACCUUUCAAAGUCAUGAACCAGAAUUUGACUAUUUGAAAAGUCUAGAAAUUGAGGAAAAAUUUAAUAAAAUUAGGUGGUUACCACAACAGAAUGCUGCUCAUUUUCUACUCUCUACAAACGAUAAAACUAUUAAAUUAUGGAAAAUAAGUGAACGGGAUAAAAGAGCAGAAGGUUAUAACUUGAAAGAUGAAGAUGGACGACUUCGAGACCCAUUUAGAAUUACAGCACUGCGGGUCCCAAUAUUGAAACCCAUGGACCUCAUGGUAGAAGCAAGUCCACGACAAAUUUUUGCAAAUGCUCACACAUACCAUAUAAAUUCCAUUUCCGUAAACAGUGAUCAUGAAACGUAUCUUUCUGCAGAUGACCUGAGAAUUAAUCUGUGGCAUUUAGAGAUCACAGAUAGAAGCUUUAACAUCGUGGACAUUAAGCCCGCGAACAUGGAGGAGCUGACGGAGGUGAUCACCGCAGCAGAGUUCCAUCCACACCAGUGCAACGUGUUUGUGUACAGCAGCAGCAAGGGGACCAUCCGGCUGUGUGACAUGCGCUCCUCGGCCCUAUGCGACCGACACUCUAAGUUUUUUGAAGAACCUGAAGAUCCCAGCAGUAGGUCUUUCUUCUCAGAAAUAAUUUCCUCCAUCUCUGAUGUGAAAUUCAGCCAUAGUGGUCGGUACAUGAUGACCCGAGACUACCUGUCGGUGAAGGUCUGGGAUCUGAACAUGGAAAGCCAGCCCGUCGAGACCCACCAGGUCCACGAGUACCUUCGAAGCAAGCUGUGUUCUCUGUACGAAAAUGACUGCAUCUUCGACAAAUUUGAGUGCUGCUGGAACUGUCCAGACAGUGCUAUCAUGACAGGGUCCUACAACAACUUCUUCAGGAUGUUUGACAGAAACACGAGGAGGGACGUGACCCUGGAAGCUUCCAGAGAGAACAGCAAGCCUCGAGCCAGUUUGAAGCCUCGGAGAGUGUGUCCAGGCGGGAAGAGGAAGAAGGACGAGAUCAGUGUGGACAGUCUGGACUUCAUUAAGAAGAUCCUGCACACGGCUUGGCACCCCAACGACAACAUUAUUGCUGUGGCUGCCACCAAUAACCUGUAUAUAUUCCAGGACAAAGUCAACUAGGAAGUGUGAGAACGCAUCUCAUCCUGCAAAGCUAAGCCUGUGGUUUCUGUUGUGGAAGGGGUGUUCUCUCCGUGGAUCGCAGGGUGCACGCCCUGUUCCCUUCCUAGACUGGAGCCUGCAUACACACAGCCAGGGAGGCUGUGGGGGGUCGCUGCACAAGCGAAGAACUUGGUGCAGACUGAUGGACAGAGCUCAAUAAAGGCCAUUACAAUAAAUGUAUUUAUUUAAA